AGAGGAAUCGUCGGAGAGGUCAGAAGGGUCGGGCGGUGUAGCUGGCCUUUCCUCUUACCUGUAUUUUUUGCCUUAAGAUGUUGAUCCCAGGGAACCCAAACCCGAUUCAAAUUUAGACUUAAUUGCCAACGAUCGCCGGCGGCAGCCUGCCCACCAUGUCCCUGAACAUGAAGAGCCUGACGCAGGCGCUGGCAAAGACUGCCGCCGUGAUCGAGAAGACAGUUCAGACCACAGUGCAAGAGGUGACGGGACCUCGUCCUCUCCAGGACUACGAGCUCCUCCACCAGAUCGGAUCCGGAGGUCCAGGUCUCGCCUGGAAGCUCUACGCCGCGCGGCCUCGCCCCUCUGCACCCUCCACGCAAUACCCUGUCGUAUGCGUCUGGCUCCUAGACAAGCGUGCGCUCUCCGAGGCCCGCACCCGUGCUGGCCUUACUAGGGCUACAGAGGACGGCUUCCUCGACGUUAUUCGCGCUGACGCCUCGCGCCUGUUGCGUAUCCGCCACCCGGGAGUCGUCCACGUCGUCCAGGCUCUUGACGAGAGCAAGAAUGCCAUGGCCAUGGUCACUGAGCCGCUUUUCGCAUCUGUUGCCAAUACUAUCGGCCAGCUGGACAACAUUCCCAAGGUUCCCGCGGAGCUCAAGGGCAUGGAAAUGGGGUUAUUGGAAGUCAAACACGGGCUGCUACAGAUUGCAGAAUCUUUAGAUUUUCUCCAUAAUAAUGCUCAUCUUGUUCAUCGAGCUAUCUCUCCAGAGACCGUGUUCAUUACUGCUACUGGAGCUUGGAAGCUAGGUGGUUUUGGUUUUGCAAUUUCUACUGAUCAAGCCUCUAGUGGCUUGACAGCAACGCAGACUUUUCACUAUCCGGAAUAUGAUGUUGAGGAUUCCAUUUUACCACUUCAGCCAUCUCUCAAUUAUACUGCCCCAGAAUUGGUUCGGAGCCAGUCUAGCACAAUUGGAUCUUCUGCUGAUAUUUUCAGCUUUGCAUGUCUUGCUUACCAUCUGAUUGCUCGGAAGCCGCUUUUGGAUUGCCAUAACAAUGUUAAGAUGUAUAUGAAUAGCUUGUCAUACUUAUCCAGUGAGUCAUUCUCGUCAAUUCCGCCCGAGCUUAUUGUCGAUAUCCAAAGAAUGUUGUCCACUAACAUGUCUUCAAGGCCUAGCGCAUUGGAAUUCACUGGUUCUUCCUUUUUCCGUGAUGACACUAGGUUACGUGCUCUUCGCUUUUUAGAUCAUAUGCUUGAAAGGGAUAAUAUGCAAAAAACAGAGUUUUUGAAGGCAUUAUCAGACAUGUGGAAAGAUUUUGACGCUCGCAUUUUACGAUGCAAGGUGCUUCAACCUCUUUGCGCAGAGCUUCGAAACGUGGUUAUGCAACCUAUGAUUUUACCGAUGGUUCUUACAAUAGCAAAAUCUCAGGAUAAAAAUGACUUUGAACUUUCAACGUUACCUGCUCUAGUUCCUGUGCUGACUUCUGCAUCUGGUGAAACACUUCUUCUGCUUGUGAAGCAUGCUGAUUUACUUGUUGACAAGGCUACUCAAGAACAUUUACAAUCCCAUGUUCUUCCAUUGCUUGUUCGGGCCUAUGAUGAUAGUGACCCACGUACACAAGAGGAGGUUUUGCGGAGAACGCUAACCCUUGCUAGGCAACUUGACAUGCAGACAAACAAGUAUUAUGUAUAUUUCUGGGCUAGUAUAGCAGAUGAAUGCUGUAUGAGUUCAAGAAUUUUAAGAUUAUUGAUUCUCAUAUUUACCACGUCUUGUUUAUUUGCUCCAAGCAUAAAUCCCAUAGUUAUGAUGGUGAGAGUGAAUGCUCUGCGUUGCUUGGGUGAUUUAGUUCCAUCUCUUGAUAGACAAGCUGUGUUGGACAUUUUGCAAACUUUGCAACGCUGCACAACUGUGGACCACUCUGCACCAACUCUAAUGUGUACACUAGGAGUUUUACAUGCAAUUUAUAAGCAGUAUGGCUUAGAAUUUGCUGCGGAGCAUGUUCUUCCCCAAGUCUUCCCACUUCUCAUGGCACAGCAAUUAAGUGUUCAGCAAUUUGCCAAGUAUAUGCUCUUUGUCAAGGAUAUCUUGAGAAAGAUUGAAGAAAAGCGAGGUGUGACUUUAGCCGAAUAUGGAACUUCUGAAGCAAGAGUCUCUCCGUCAUUGUCAAAUGAGCACCAUUCUGGGCCAUAUCCGAAGCAAUGUGGAUCUGUCCAGGACGCAAAGAAGACCACUGCAUGGGAUGAAGACUGGGGCCCUAUAAACCGGCAGAAUGCCACUUCUUCUGCUCCUCUUUCCACUAAACCUUUGCAACCUUCAAUGGCCGUUGUUAACCAGCAAAUAACAUCUAGCUCUCCUGUUGAUGUUCAGUGGCCACCACCACCAUAUACUUCGUCUUCGUCUGUUUUUGUUUCCCAAUCAGUGACUAAUGAUAAGCUGAAUCUGAACUCUGCUACAACUUUUGAUGAUAUAGAUCCUUUUGCCAAUUGGCCGCCCAGGCCAAGUGGCUUCAAUUCCAACAACAACAACAACAACAAUGGUCAUUCAAUCUCCUCUGAUGGGUUUGGUACGCAAAACUUGGACUUUUCAAGCAACAACAAAGUCAUUGGGUCAAAACCUUACCAGGAGAGUGUUCCCUCUAUUAACAAGAAGCAGAGUAGUCUGAAUAAAAUGGUCAGUGGAAAUACUCCUAAUUUGGGCAUUGGAUCAAUAUUUGUUUCAGCAAACAGUACUGCGCCAAAGCUUGCUCCACCUCCAUUAACUGCUAUAGGAAGAGGCCGUGGAAGGAACCAAAUAUCGUUAUCAAGCCAGACAAAGCCGCCCUCAUCUGAACAAUCGCCUAUUUUGGAUUUGCUUUGAAGGGCACCUGCGUUGCAGAACAUUAUAUUAUCUUUCUACUUCAACUGUUUUCAGCAAUAGGAAUUUUGUAAAAAAGGGUCAUUGCUUGUAUUAUUUCAUAAUAUUGAAGUUGGUUGGUUGGGAUAAAAUAAAGGCAACAGAAGCUUUAUGCUGCCUUCAGUUUUUUUUUUUAAUCACAAUUUCCUGAAACAAAAGCUAUUUUUUUGUUCUUAUACGUGAUGGCAGGCUUAAUUUCUAGA